AAAACAACCCCACACAAACAAAAAAAGCACACACAGUACGACUGUACGAGCGAGAACCGACCGGAGCGAGAGGAAGAGCACAGGAUCCUUAUCUCCUCCGGGAGGAAGCGCGCCAUGGCCGCCGCGGUCGUCCACCUCUCCGUCCACGGCCGCCUCCGCCGCUCGCCGGAGGCCGUCGUCUCUCAGGCAUGCCACCGCCCUUCCCUCCUGCGCUGCCGCGCGUUCAAGCAGGAGGCCGGCGGCGACGACGAGAAGCCGUCGUCGCCGCCGAACGAGCCGCGGAAGCGCAGGAAGGGGCCGCUGUACACGCUGAAGGCGGCGAUGCAGGGGCUCGCGGGGUCCCGGUCGGCGGCGGCGGAGGUGUAUGGCGGGCAGUACGAGCUCGCGGUCGAGAAGGCCGAGGAGAUCUUCUUCUCGGUUGCUACUCAGGUAGGCAGAUACGUUAUCACUAUGAUGAGCAGUGGUGUUGUACUAGCAGUUGGAUUUCAGUUAUCAGGUGGGGACAGCCAAACGGAUGCACUAAUUUGGUAUAGCUGGCUUGGUGGAGUAAUUAUCGGCACAAUGCUAGGUGCAAACAGUGUCCUAGAGGAACACUGUAAAGCUGGACCUCGCAAUGUUGUCAUAACGGGAAGCACAAGAGGGUUAGGAAAAGCACUUGCUCGGGAGUUUCUUCUUUCUGGAGAUCAUGUUGUAAUUGCUUCCCGCAGCCCUGAUUCAGUUCUUCAGACCAUCAAUGAGCUUGAAGAGAACAUACAGGAGGGCUUGUCAGUUGCCAAGAAGAAACAAAGAGAAACUUUAUUACAAGCUAAGGUUGUUGGUACAUCUUGUGAUGUUUGCAAACCAGAAGAUGUAAAAAAGCUUGUAAAUUUUGCUGUUGGUGAGCUGGGUUCAAUUGACAUUUGGAUAAAUAAUGCUGGCACAAACAAAGGUUUUAGGCCAUUGGUAAAUUUUUCAGAUGAAGAUAUUACCCAGAUCGUCUCAACAAACCUAGUUGGUUCUUUGCUCUGCACCAGAGAAGCUAUGGAUGUCAUGCAAUACCAAGAGAAGGGAGGUCAUGUAUUCAACAUGGAUGGAGCAGGAUCUGGAGGAUCAAGCACACCGUUGACAGCUGUUUAUGGCUCAACUAAGUGUGGACUAAGGCAGUUCCAAGCAUCGCUUAUGAAGGAAAGCAGAAGAUCAAAAGUUGGAGUACACACUGCGUCUCCUGGAAUGGUCCUUACAGAUCUCCUUCUAAGUGGUUCAUCUCUCCAAAAUAAACAGAUGUUCAAUAUAAUAUGCGAGCUUCCAGAAACAGUAGCAAGGACAUUGGUCCCAAGAAUGCGAGUUGUGAAAGGAAGUGGAAAGGCAGUAAACUACUUGACACCACCAAGAAUCUUGCUUGCCUUGGUUACUGCAUGGGUUCGCCGAGGCCGAUGGUUUGACGAAGAGGGGAGAGCAGUAUAUGCAGCCGAGGCUGAUAGAAUUCGCAAUUGGGCUGAAAGUCGAACACGCUUUUCCUUCACAGAUGCCAUGGAGAUGUAUACAGAGAAUACAUGGGUUUCCGUAUUCUCACUCUCGGUCGUCUGUGCAUUCAUAAUGCUUUCCAGUUCAGGCGGACCUUUCCCUGGCACAUAAUCCCUGGAGUCGCCAAACCAGACAAUUCUUUUUUCACCACAGGGAUUCUAUCAUCCAAUGACAUAUGUUGCGAAGGGGGCAAAUGUGAUCCCAGACGCGUAAUUACAUGCAAAUAGGAUCAUCAUCAGCCGCCUUACCAUUUAAGGAUAAGCUAACCGAGCCCUCAGAUUCAGAAAAGGGUAAAUAGCAUUUGUUAUGUGGGCAUUCCACUUACUGUAAGCUAGUGUGUAAAGCUGUCCUGUAAGAACAUGUGUCUGAACUCUGAAGUAACCAGAGCACGGAAAGAGUCGACGGGCUUUGCUCCUCUCUUGUACAUGGAUGUACUCUAGUAGUUAUGAUCCUUAUGAACUCCCGGGUGUCGCUUUGUACCCUUCAAAAAUGUAUAGCAACUUAGCAACACGGUUUAGAACUGGAAGGAGUCGCCAUACAUGGUUCAUCAGUGUAAAGUUCAGGAUAUGUAUGUUCCUUUUCUUGUA